AUGCCAGCCGCACCUCCAAAACCCUGGGAGCAAGGAGGCUCCGGCUCCGCAGGUAGUGCGACCUCGAUCUCGCCUGCAUCGACCUCCGCCGCAGGGACUUCGACUCCAGCUCUGCCAGAGAGGCCGUCGACGCUUGGAGCUGCUAAUAGCACGCUUGGUGCGGGUGGACUGGGCAGCACCGGUAUGGGAGGUGAGUCAGGUCUCGUUGUCGACCAGGUCUUGUACACCUAUUGACGGCAAGUGUCCGCGUAUCUAACAUACAUUUCAGGCUACGGCGGCGGAUAUAGUGGUAUGGGUGGCUACGGCAGCAGCUACGGUGGUAUGGGCGGCUAUGGAUCCAGCUAUUCAUCUCCUUACAGCCGAAUGGGAUAUGGUGGAUAUGGGGGAGGAAUGGGAUCGUACGGAGGCAUGGGUGGAUAUGGAAGCAUGGGCUACGGCGGCAUGGGAGGCUACGGCAUGGGUGGGUAUGGUGGCAUGGGGGGAUAUGGUAUGGGCGGAUACGGAGGGAUGAUGCCACCUGGAGGACCGGAAAAUCCUUCCUUGACCCAGCGCAUGGAGUCGGGAACGCAAGCGACUUUUGAGCUCAUCAGCAGCAUUGUGGGAGCGUUUGGAGGGUUCGCCCAAAUGUUAGAAAGCACGUUCAUGGCCACCCACAGCAGCUUCUUCGCUAUGGUUGGCGUCGCAGAUCAGUUCGCCACCCUUAGGAAUUACCUCGGCCAAGUGCUGAGCAUCUUUGCCCUAGCGAGAUAUUUGAGAAAUCUCGUGCGGAGGCUCACCGGUCGAGCUCCAGCGAUCGAAUUGGACAGACGAGAGUUUCAAGAAUUUGCCCAAUCCAAUGCAAAGGGGAAAGGAUCUACCGCUCGCCCGAGUAAAAGGCCUCUGGUCGUCUUCUUCCUCGCCGUCAUUGGCCUACCAUACCUAAUGGGCAAGCUCGUCAAGCUCAUUACUCAGAGACAAGAAGCGGAGAGAGCACGGCUGGCUGCGGAAGGAAAACUUUUGCCCGGAGCAGACGGCGCAGCCUUGGAUCCCAGCAAGCUGGAAUUUGUGCGGGCGUUGUAUUCGUAUGAGCCUGCUGAUCCUCUAGAACUCGCGCUCAAGCCCAACGAUAUCGUCGCUGUGCUUAGUCGCAACGAUCCGCAGACAGGUGCGGAAAGCAGUUGGUGGCGAGGUAGGACGAGGGAUGGCCGCAUUGGAUGGUUCCCCAACACGUGAGCACGAGUCGAGUACAAUUCACCGCCUCAUGCGCUGACACCCAUCCAUUCCAUCCCCAUCUAACCACCUCCAGCUAUGUCGAGUCUCUGGAGUCGGCGAAGACUAGGGCGGAGAAAGCGGCUGUUGCCCAAGCGGCGAUCCAGGCCAGUCCUCAGAGCGUUACUGCUCCGGCUGACAUCGACAAGCCUGCACAGGAUACCCAGCCUCAGGGCGCAAAAAUCUCGUCCUAA